AUGCCUGAUACUAUCGUGUGGAUUCUGUUUCUUAUUACAAUAAUUAAUCAAAUAACAUCGAUUACUGCUGAUAAUGACAAUGUGUUAAGUGGUACGAUUUGUGGAAUUAGUCAGACGGGAGAGGGUAGUUUUAUUAUAAAAUGUGAUGGACACGAUCCGUUCACAUCAUGCCCUAGCGGUUAUGUGCACUUUGCAGAUCCAUAUUUUUACUAUGGUUUAUGUUAUAAAAAUGAAACAAACAAACAAAAAGGUAAAGCAGGUACUUUAUGUGGUGGUUCUCCUAGCUAUAAAUGUGGAGGAUUGGAUCCUGUUUGGAAUUGUCCUCAUGGAUAUAUAAAGCCACAAUAUCCAUCGUCUGGGCGUUCAUGUGUAAAAUAUUUCUCUGAUGUAAAUGAUGUUGCUGGUACAAUAUGUGGUUGGAAAGGUUCUGGCAACUUGGCUGUGAAAUGCGGAGGAUAUGAAAUUGGUACAUGCCCUCCAGGAUAUCAAUUAAAUUCUGUAACAUUAAGUUGUUUUAAAGAGUAG